AUGCUGGUCUGGUCGACGGCGCGAGUUAGCGCCAUCUGCGCCGCAGCGCUUGUCGCCGCCUUCCUCGGCGCCAGCGGCCUCUUUGGCCUCGACCUCGACGUCUUCCAGGCGCCGCUCGCCAAGGUCGCGCCGCCGAGCAGCGUCCCACCGGCCAUCCCGCCUGUCUUUGACCGGCUCGUCUUUGUCGUUGUCGACGCGCUCCGCGCCGAUAUGGUCCUCGGGUCCGCCGCCGUCCAGCACGCCCACGCGACCGAGGAGCUACGAUCGUACAUGCCCUACACGGCGCAGCUCGCUUCGUCGCCUGAGAGCAUCGCGUACAUUGGCCACGCGGCCGUGCCCACAGUGACCAUGCCGCGACUCAAGGCGCUCACGACAGGCAAGAAGCCGGCCUUUAUCGACGUGUUGCGCAAUUUCAAUUCAAAAGCGCUCGACGAAGACAGCCUCAUCGCGCAGCUCGGCGCGGCGGGCCGGCGCAUGGUGCUCUACGGCGACGAGACGUGGCUGCAGCUGUUUCCGACAGCGUUCGUCCGGUCGGAUCCAACGUCGGGCUUCUUCGCCCUCGACACGGUCGAAGUCGACACGAACGUGACGCGCCACCUCCGCGAAGAGCUCGACCCGACGAUGACGUCGCCCAAAAGCAACGACUGGGACGCUCUCUUCCUCCACUACCUCGGCGUCGACCACAUUGGCCAUCUCACGGGCCCGCACUCGCCGCUCAUGCGCGCCAAGCUCAGCGAAAUGGACGCUACGAUCGAGUCGAUCCAUCUGUCGAUCCAAGCGCAGGACGCGAUGCGCAACGGAUCGACGCUCCUCGUGCUGCUCUCGGACCACGGCAUGACCGAGACGGGAAACCACGGCGGCGCGUCGAUUGAAGAGUCGUCGGCGCUCCUGCUCUUCGUGCUGCCCCCAGCGUAUCGCGCGAUCGAGGACUCGGAUCUGUUGACGCGCACGCCGCAGGUCGACCUCGUUCCGACGUUGGCGACGCUCCUCGGCGUGCCGAUACCGGCGCACAACACGGGCAAAGCCCUCACGCCUGUCCUGGACGCCGCGGUGCGUGACGAAGCGCUCGUCAUUGCUGCGCUCCAGGCCAACGUCCGCCAACUGCACGCCUUGGCGACACCCAAGCACUCGGCCAAGUUUUGGGCGAGCUUUGCCCACGAGUUUAACGUUGCCCUCGACUGGCACGCGGCCAGUACGAACAUGCCAUUAGCGCUGGCGCGACGUCGCAUGGAGGCCGCUUUGACGUCGCUGCAAGCGAUUGUACUGACGAGCGACGGCAGCGAGUACAACACGAUGCACAUGCUCUCCGGCAUUGGUGUCGGCGUCCUCGGCCUCGUGCUGGCGUGCCGCUUCCAUGAGCUGCUCCUGCGGCGCCCGUCCCACUACGAGCUCUGUCUCGGCUUUUGGACGCUGCUCCAGCUCGUUAGUCUCGGGUCGAGCUCAUCGAUCGAGAACGAACAUGUUGUGUGGAACUUUCUCUUGGUCUCGUACCUCGUCUGGCUCGCGAUCGACUGUGUCUUGGCCAAGCGUCGCGGAUUGUGGACUUGCUGGCUGCUCGUGCUGGUCACUGCCCGCCUCCUUCGCAGUCGCAACCAAAUCAUCAACUUUGGUCGGCUCAACACCUUUGACGUCGCCGCGGGGAGCACUCGCGACGGCCUCGAGUACGAACACGACAACGCCGUCUCGAUCUUGACGACGCGGUCGCUUGCGCACGGGCUUGUUUCACUGCAUGUCGAGCGCGUCCUCGCUUCUGCCUACGUCGUGCUGGCCGAGCUCGUGCGAUCCUCGUCAUCCUCAACGGCGGCCAUGCAGGCGGUAUGGACCGUUGGCAUGGCCGCGUCGGUGGUGUUUGCGUGGACGGCCGUCGACGCGGCCGCGCACGUUGUCUAUGCGAGCGUCGUGCUCGAGGCGGGCGUUGCGCUGGCGUCUCGGUCGUCGCCCAUGAAGGCGCUCUGGCUUCUCGCGUUUCUCUUACAGCGGGACACCAACCUACUGGCCCUGGCGCUCUUGCAUGUGCAGCUCGACGCGGCGACGCGGCUCGUGCAGGCGCUCGAUGGCAUCCGCGCCUUGCCGCUGGUCGUCUACCUCUCGAAAGCCAGCUUUUUCGCGCUUGGCAACUCGCACCUCAUGACGACGAUCGACAUUUCAAAGGCGUACACGGGCUUGUCGUCGUACUCGCAGGUCCUUGUGGGCGGGCUCACGGCCUUCAUCGUGUUUACCGGCCCGCUCCUCGUGCUGAGCUCGCAGCUCGCCGCCGUGCGCGACGCCCGCAGCCUGCUCGGUGGCUACUGGACGCUCGAGCUCGGCAACUUCACCGUCUACAGGUACUCAUCUUCCAUCGUGGUGAGGACUCGUGGCCCAUUCUGACCCAGUGUGAUCGUGUACAUCAUGCGCUUCCACCUCUUCAUCUGGAGUGUGUUUGCACCCAAGAUGCUGUAUGCGCUGGCGUGGGUCCUCUUCCUCGUGCUGCCGACGACACUGGUCGUCUGCCUGUUGAGUCCGAUGAUCACUGUUGAGCCUUUUUAAAAUAUGAUUCUGGAUCAGGGGAUUUACUCCGAAAUCUCUAAGCCUAGAAGUCCAAGAGCUUACGCCG